GUCUCGGUAGGGAAUGAAGGGAGAGAGGAAGGAAGGCAAAGAUGGCGGCGCCCGGGGCUGAGGUGGAGGCGGAGGAGACGGACGGGCCGGACUUGGGGAGGCUGGAGGAGGAGGCGAAGCGGCGGAAGGAGAGGCUGCGGGCUCUGAGGCAGCGCACGCUGCAGAAUAAGGACCUCGGCGAACCUGAGAACAAGCAGUUCAGAGAAGAUGACGAAGAGGAGACCGUCAAGCACAAGGAGCUCAAACUGCGGAACUAUGAGCCUGAAGAUGAGGAGCUGAAGAAGAGGAAGGUGCCCCAGGCCAAGCCGGCCUCAGACGCUGGUCCUGUUCCCCCAUCUAGUGGAAGAGAAGGUGAAGGAGCAGCUGGAGGCCGCCAAGCUGGAGCCCAUCAUCGACGAGGUGGAUCUGACAAACUUGGCCCCCAGGAAGCCAGACUGGGAUUUAAAGCGAGAUGUAGCCAAGAAACUGGAGAAGCUGGAGAAGAGGACGCAGAGAGCCAUUGCCGAGUUGAUACGAGAGCGGUUGAGAGGGCAGGAGGAAGAGCUGGCAUCUGCUGUUAGGUCAGCAAAGCAGGAGGGAAGUGACUCCGACUGAGGAGGUCCAUCUGGCAGCCUUGGAUGAGCUCUGCAGAUCUGCCUCUUGCCAACCC